CGCAAGUAUCGCUACCUUCUCUCUCUCUCUAGAAACCAAAUCCAACGUCUCCGUUUCUUCUCUCUUCAAACGCGUCUUCUCUCUUCUAUUUUUAACCCUUUUCUUGAUUGAUUUGUUAUAUUAUUUUCUUCUCUUCGCCUCAUUUCAUCUUGAAAUCGAAUGAUGGAUUAUUAUUCAAGUUUCUGAGAGCAAAAGGAACCUUUUUCGUUCAAUCUUCCUUUAGAUUUUUCAUCAGAUUAAUGUUGUGUACGUUUGUGAAUGCGUGUUUGAAUCCUGAAUCCUUUGGAAACGACGAGAAGAUUGGGUCUAGCAAUAUAGUUAUAAGCACUGAUUUGAUGAACGAUUUGAUAGCUGGUUCUUUUGGUUAGAGAGAAUAAUAAUAUAAAGCUUUGACAUGUGAAUGAUGGUUUCCACAACAUUCAGGAGAAUCGUGUCCCCUUGUUGGAGACCUUUUGGUAUUGGAGAAGGUUCUAUUCCGAGUAGUAGUGAUGAUUCCAACGGCCGUCUCGAUGGCCUGUUAUGGUAUAAAGACUCCGGUAACCAUUUAACCGGAGAGUUUUCUAUGGCUGUGGUUCAAGCCAACAAUCUUCUUGAAGACCAUAGCCAGUUAGAGUCUGGUCCUAUUAGUUUCCAUGAGUCUGGACCCGAGGCGACUUUUGUCGGUGUUUACGAUGGUCAUGGAGGUCCUGAGGCGGCUCGGUUUGUUAACGAGAGGUUGUUUUAUAACAUGAGGAGGUGCGUUUCUGAUCAGCGAGGGGUGGUCUCUCCCGACGUGAUCACUAGAGCGUUUGUUGCAACAGAGGAGGAGUUUCUCGGGUUGGUUCAGGAGCAGUGGAAGACCAAACCUCAGAUAGCUUCUGUUGGUGCUUGUUGCUUGGUGGGUGUUGUCUGCAACGGGAUGUUAUACGUUGCGAACGCUGGUGACUCUCGUGUUGUCUUGGGGAGGCUGGAGAGUCCGUUUAAAGAGAUGAAAGCUAUUCAGCUGUCUACAGAGCAUAACGCUAGUAUUGAGUCUGUGAGAGAGGAGCUGCGUUUGUUGCAUCCUAACGACCCGAACAUUGUGGUCUUGAAACAUAAAGUGUGGCGUGUGAAAGGGAUCAUACAGGUUUCGAGAUCUAUCGGUGACGCGUACUUAAAGAGAGCUGAGUUUAACCAAGAGCCGUUGUUGCCUAAGUUUAGAGUUGCGGAGCGUUUUGAGAAGCCGAUCAUGAGAGCUGAGCCGACGAUAACGGUUCAUAAGAUUCAACCUGAAGAUCAGUUUCUUAUAUUUGCUUCAGAUGGUUUGUGGGAGCAUCUGAGUAACCAAGAAGCAGUUGAUAUCGUCAAUACUUGUCCACGCAAUGGUGUGGCUCGGAGGUUACUGAAAGCUGCAUUGCAAGCAGCAGCGAAGAAGAGAGAGAUGAGGUAUUCGGAUUUGGAGAAGAUAGAGCGUGGCAUCAGGAGACACUUUCAUGACGACAUCACUGUUAUUGUCGUUUUUCUCCAUUCUGCAAGUUUUGGAGUUCGAACUCCGGUCUCUGUCAGAGGAGGUGGUGUCCUCGCACUCGCAGGCAAUGCCAUUUUAUAAGCCUUACUUCUUUUUUCUUUACUCAAUAAUAAAAUAAACAAAAAAAAACUCAUUUUAUUCCUUUUUUUCAUAUUACAAAUGUUUUUUUCCUCCGUUGUUUUAUUUUUCAGAAUUUCAGAUUGUCUGAUACUUUGUUUAAAUUAUUUUAUGGAACUCAAAAUUGUAAAUUCUAUUUUCU